UCCAAACAGCAACACAUCAGUCUCUGUCGGGGAACCAUGAAGACGCUGCCGACUCUCAUACUUCUGGCUCUGAUCUGCUUCCUGCAUCACAGCUCUGCAGGUCUAAACGGUCCAGGUAAGGUCUUUGAGGAACUAUGCUGUCCAAGCUUCAGUAAAAGGUUAAUUCCUAAGCCAAAGGUGAAACAUGUUGCGAAGACCCCGAGUCGCUGUAAAACCACAGCGAUUGUAGUCACAACUGUGUGUGAUGAGACGUCUUGUAUCGAUCCCGAAUGGAGAUGGGCGAAGAAACUGUUGGCAGAGUUUAAGAAGGCAACUGCUAACAACACGUCACCUUCUGCCCCUUUCAACUGUUCCAAGUGUGACAAACAAAAGAAACAGCAGUAAUCCAAGUGUGUGAAUGCUGGUCUUUUGUCCGUUAUUACAUGUAAUUAUCCUUUGUGUCGUCCUCCCGGGUAAAAUUGACCCUGUCUGUUUUGACUGUCCCUUCUUUCCUUCCUUCCUUCCUUCCUUCCUUCCUUCCUUCCGUCUGUCCUUCCUCCCUCCUUCCUUCUCUCUUUCUUUCCUUCCUCUCUCUUUACUCCCCUCAUUCUUUCCUCCCUCCAUCCCCUUUUCUUCCUUCCUUCUGUCCUUCCUUCCUCCCUCUCUCCUUCUUUCCUUCCUUCCUUUCCUUUCCUUCCUCCCUUCCUUCUUUCCUCCCUCCCUCCUUCUCUCUUUCUUUCCUCCCCCUACCUUCCCCCCUUCCUUCUUUCCUCUGUCCUUCUUUCCUUCCUUCCUCCCUUCCUCUUUUCCUUUCUCCCUCCCUCCCUCCUUCCUUCUUUCCUCCCUCCCUCCUACCUUCUUUCCUUCCUUCUUUUCUCCGUCCUUCCUUCCUUUCUCCCUUCCUUCUUGCCUUUCCUCCCUUCCUUGCUCCCUCCUUUCCUUCCCUCCCUCCUUCUUCUUUCCUCCCUCCUUCCCUUCCUCCUUUCCUUCCUUCUUCCUUCCUUGACUCGAGGACAACAGGAGGGUUAUGUAUUUUAUGUUAUUUUUAUAAACUCAUUUAUGCAAAUAUGUGUGUACAUUUUGAAAUGUCCAUAAUAAAUGUUGAUGUGAACUUCUGUGUUGAUUUCCAAGAAUAAAACCUGUUGAGA